AUGGGCGUCGCCGAACUCGAUGGCAUCUACGUCUCAGGGGUCCCUCACUAUGAGCCUGAAGGCAUGCGAAGAUGGAUUAUUCUUUGUGUAUCGUUUAUGUCGGUUUUAUCUAUUAGUGCUGUUGGGCUGCGGUUUCUAUCACGCAGACUUCGCAAGCAGAAGCUUUGGUGGGAUGAUUACAUGAUUGUCUUCUCCAUGGUAUGGAACUGGGCUGUUGUUGCCGUUGGUUUCGCCAUGUAUAUCGAAGGUGCCGGAUAUCACGCCAAAGACUUGUCAGAAAAGAGCGUCGAAAACAUCACAAUGUGGCUCUUAGUCACCGAGAUUAUCUACGUCUGGAACUUGUGCUGGACGAAGCUCAGUCUGCUGUUCAUGUACUACCGCAUUUUUCACUUCCCGUACUUUAAGAAGCUUGUCAUCUGCGCUGGCACAUUUGUGGUGUUAUGGGCAUUUACAGUUUCUUUCCUAUUCACUUUCAUCUGCGUUCCAGUACAGAAGCUAUGGAAGCCAGACCUAGAAGGGCGUUGUGUCAGUGAGCUUGGAGUAUGGUUGGCGAAUGCCAGCUCUACUAUCUUUUCUGAUAUAAUGAUUUUGUGUCUUCCAAUCCCCCAAAUCUGGAAGCUGAAUCUGAGAAAGCCUGAAAAGAUUGGCUUAACGUUUGUAUUUUGUCUCGGCUUUUUUGCUGUUUUCGCUUCAAGUUUCCGCACUUGGGUGUUGUUCAACUACUCAAAGUCGGAUAUUUCUUACACGUUAUCGCCCCUACUUGUGUGGUCUGACAUAGAGAUGUGCGCUGGCAUCAUUUCAGCAUGCCUACCGACGCUGCGUCCCGUUGUCCACGCAGCAGCUACCAAGAUGGGAAUAGCAAACGUCAUUUCAUUUACUGGAAAGUCGCAAGGCUCAUCCAAUCAGCCGAGGUCUGGUGACGGCGUAUCCAACCUGACCAUUGGAGAAUCGGGCAAGAUGAGAAAGAUUCCAAGUCGACAAAACGGUCAAGAUGAUGCAGAUACUAGCCCGUUUUAUCGAUUGCCAGACCUAUCGGAAAUUGACAUUGAUAGCGGGACGGGUAGCUCAGAUUCCGACGCCAAUUUCAAGGGCAAACAGCACACACGGGUGAUUGAGACAGAUGGUCAGAGCGAAAGGACCAUGACGGAGGAUAUUCCCCUGGAGCCACUGCCAACCAAGAGCAGUAUUGUAUAA